AUGCUAAGAACAACUUGUUUGUUGAGAGCUAUAAUAACAAGAUUUUAUAGAAUAAAUAGGCAGAAAAACACCGUUUUUAAAAGUUUUUAUAGUAGAAAUAUGAAAAAUAUUGAUACUUUUGAUGAUCUGUCAAAAAACCUGAAAGAAAUAGGGAUUUCUGAAGAUAUUUUGUCUUUAGAGGGAACUGAUCCUUUUAAAAAUCCAAUAGAUAUUUUUCGAACAUAUAUUUCAUAUCAUCUUUCAAAGAUUACAUCUAUUUCAGUAAAAAUACUUCUUCCUAUGCUUGAACAAGUUUCUAAGUUAGAAAAUGGAGAUCUAAUGUUACCAGUUGCUAGAUUGCGUUUACAGGAAAAACCUGAUAUUUUGGCUGAGAAAUGGGCACAAAAGUUUCCUCAAACAAUUGUUCGUGCGAAAAAUCAAGGUUCUUUUAUUCAAUUCUUUUUUUCACCGGAACUACUUACAGAUUUGGUCAUUUCUUACAUUUAUAGAGACGAUCAUAAAUAUGGAUCUAAUGAUUCUGGUAAAGGAAAGAAAAUACUAGUUGAAUUCGGAAGUCCCAAUAUUGCAAAACCAUUUCAUGCGGGUCAUUUACGAAGUACCAUUAUUGGUUCGUUUGUAUCAAAUAUACAUGAGCUUUGUUCAUGGGAAGUCAUUAGAUUUAAUUAUUUAGGUGAUUGGGGAAAACAGUUUGGCCUUUUAGCAAUAGGUUUUGAGCUAUAUGGUAGUGAGGAAGAACUUGAAAGGGAUCCUAUUCAGCAUCUUUAUGAUGUUUAUGUAAAAAUAAAUACAAUUGCUUCACAAAAAGAUAACCCGGAAGCUGAUAAUGUAAAUGAAAAGGCUCGAGAAUAUUUUAAAAAAAUGGAAGAAGGUAAUGAAAAUUUUCUUAAAUUAUGGAAACGUUUCCGAGAUUUUAGUAUUGAAAAGUACAAAACUACAUAUAGUCGCUUGAAUAUUCAUUAUGAUGAAUAUGGCGGCGAAUCAAAAGUUUCUCAACAAAAUAUCGAAGAUGUGAUGAGAGUUCUUAAAAAAAAAAAUCUUUUAAAAGAAGAUAAAGGUGCUAUAUUAAUUGAUCUAUCAAAAUUCUCGAAAAAACUUGGAAAUGCAAUGCUUAAAAAAAGUGAUGGAACAACUCUAUAUCUUACAAGAGACAUUGGAGAAGCCAUUCAACGAUAUGAGCAUUAUAAGUUCGACAAAAUGAUUUAUGUUGUUUCGUCGCAACAAGAAUUACAUUUAGCUCAACUUUUCAAAAUUCUGGAACUUCUUGAUUUACCAUGGGCUAAGUCAUGCUCACAUAUUAGUUAUGGGCUGGUUUUAGGAAUGAGCACUCGAAAAGGUACAGCUGUUUUUCUAGAUAGUAUUCUUGAAACAGCUCAAGAAAAUAUGCAUGAAAUAAUGAAAAAAAAUCAAAAAAAAUAUAUUCAAAUAGAAAAUCCGAAAUUUGUUUCAGAUAUUGUUGGAAUUUCUGCUAUUUUGAUACAGGACAUGUCAUCUAAACGUAUAAAUAAUUAUUCUUUUCUAUGGUCUCGCAUAUUAUCAUUUGAAGGUGAUACAGGUCCUUACUUACAGUAUGCUCAUUCCAGGUUGGCAUCUAUAAUAAGACAUUCAAAUAUUUCUAUAGAAAACAUAAAAAAAGCAGAGCUUAAUUGUUUAACAGAAUCUAAUGCAAUAGAUUUGAUUCGAGUACUAGCUAAAUAUCCUGAUGUUAUAAAUACUACGAUAAGAACAUUAGAACCUAGUACUAUUAUUACUUAUCUUUUUAAACUUACACAUAUUAUUAGUGGUUGUUAUGAUAUACUUUGGGUCAUGAAUCAACCUGAAAAUAUUGCAACAGCUAGAUUAUCUCUUUAUCUUGCAUGUAAAAAAGUUCUUAAUAAUGGUAUGAGACUACUUGGAUUAACACCUCUUGAAAGGUAUAUAUUAUUUAUAAAUUAUUUAAGUUAA